AUGUCAUACCUCCUCCACGGCAGCACCUCUCACACAGGCAUGGGCUGGGUCGACCUUGUACCCCGCUGUGGACGCCUUUACAUUGGCGGCCUAUACGCCUUGUAUCACACGGAUCUCAUCGAAGCUGCUGGUAUCACGCAUGUGCUAUCUGUAAUUGACUACGAAACCUUGCUGCCCGAUCAUUUCAGGCAUUUAAAACGUUUUCAUAUCAGGGCCGAAGAUCACCCCAACACAAACCUUCUGCAAUACUUCGAAUCAGGCGUGCAAUAUAUUGAUGAAGCUCUAGCUUCGUCGUCAUCUUCGUCACGAAUCACCAACAAUGGCUCAGCGUCAGACGCUAAAGUCUCACCUCAUCCUCCAUCCCAAAAUCAAGACUCAGGGACCCGAGGCGGUGUGUUUAUCCACUGCGCCAUGGGCAAGUCGCGAUCUGCGACCCUGGUUUGUGCGUAUCUGAUCUGGAAAUAUCAUGCUUCUCCUGCAGCGGCGUUGGAGCAGCUUUGCGAGGGAAGACCAAUUUGCGAUCCGAAUCCAGGCUUCAAUGAGCAACUACGAGUUUGGAGCGACAUGUGCUGCGCUAAAACCAAGGAAGAGAAGAAAAAAAUAUACGAGAAUUGGGAACAAGAAAGGUUUACCGGCGAAGUGUGGGACUGGGAGACUCGGGUCAAAGAACAGGAAGCAGAGGAAGCAAAGAGUAUGCGAGCUUCCAAGCUUUAA